GUUUAUUUUGCUUUUUUGAAAACACGGUAAAUAUUUAGUACAUACAAAGUUAAAUUUCUGUAAAAUUACAUGCUAAAAGAAAUAAUUGAAUAACGUUUUCCAAUAUAAGCUUUAUCGCUGAAUAUAUUAAACAAACAACGCAUGAUGAAUAUAUCCAUACCUAAGUGACCGCUGUAAAAAAUGUUUAAAAUUGAAUCAUAUGUAACGCCUAUACUGCUGAGCUAUGUGGACAAAUAUGUGCGAGACUUUAAGCCUGCAGAUGCACAGGUAUCACUAUGGGGCGGCGGCGUGGCUCUGCACAACUUGGUGCUCAAAGCGGACGUACUGCAGCAGGAGGUGGCGCUGCCGUUCACCCUCGUCUCCGGCCGCAUCCACGAACUCCUCAUACAAGUGCCUUGGACUAAAAUCAUGUCGGAACCCAUUGUUGUCACCAUUGACACUAUAGAAUGUGUCCUAAGUUUGAAUCCGCCUACUUCACCGGAUGGCAGCCCACCAACUCCAUCAUCGAGCCGCAAAGCUCAAGUAGUGGAAGCGCCACCAGGCUACAUGCAGGCGCUGGUCCGUCGCAUAGUGAGCAACAUUUCGCUGCGAGUGCAUCAUCUCAUCGUGAAGUAUGUGCAGGACGACAUCGUCAUGUCUCUCAAUGUCAAACAUCUGGCCGUGAAUAGCGCUGGACCGAACUGGGAGCCAGCCUUCGCAGAUAUUGAUCAGGUUCAGCCGAUGAUUAGAAGACUGGUGCGACUAGAUGAUCUGACGCUGUGCCUCGACAGGUCAGAUGUCGAUGGCAAGAUAAGGUUCUUCCAAGAGCCUAUACUGUACAGGUGUCAGUUAGAUCUCAGAGUGUUAACCCGCUUAGUGUCGGCAAAUACUCGUCGAGCAACCAGUUUGAAUAUUCAGCUGCGAUCGUCCAAGCUGGCGUGGAGCGUCACCAACGAGCAACUGGUGUUACUUCUGAGGCUGAUCAAGGAGCGACCGAUGACCAACACCAAGAUACCACCUCCGCCAAAACAAUCGGCGCCACCAGAUUCUUUGACGUCGUCGAACUCAGCGGAGCCGACUCGGUCGGAGAGCUGGUCGGAGUGGGCGUGGUCUUGGCUGCCCACGUGGACGGACCGCGAGCCGGGGGUCGAGGAGCCGCCAGUCCUCGCCACCGCGCUGCCGAUAUACUUCAACGCCUACUUCGAUGAUGUGGCGUUGGUCUUCAAGGUUUUAGAGUUAGACAGCAACCGUAAACGAUCACGUGCUGUGUUAGAAGUGUCUGCGAAUUACGCAGCGCUCAAGUCUUCGAUAUGUAAUCCUACUUAUUUGCGAGUUCGCUUCGGAGCAAGAGAACUGACUGUACGGUCGCAUGGCAAGUGCAUUUGCGGAUACCUGAAUUAUCACUCGUCCAACUUCGAACCGACGGUGUACCUGCAUAAGAUUGCCGACGCUACCACAGAAAGCAAUGAAGAAUGGACGUGGCCUGAAGAAGACAUGGGAGAAAAAGUUGAGACGGGGGUAGCCGUCGACGAGACCUACCAAACAUCGUCUAGCCAGGCUGGGGUGAAUUUACAACAAAAUAACAUUGAAAGAACCAAGGUUUUUUCGGUUCAGGUACCAGAAGGUGAUUCAAAAGACGUUGAGGAUAAGACGCAGUCGGGCUCACCGCAAGACGACAAAGCUGAUCAUGAGGAAGUCGAUGAACUGUGGGCACAGAUGGCGCCAAUAGUCUUCGUGGAGUACAUACACGAACGUGCCGCGCCCAAUCCUUUAGCCAAUCCAUACGAAAACCCGCCUAAGGACUUCGAAUAUAGCGACUGGGUAGAGGAAUGCACUAUGGCUAUUACCGUGGAGCCCAUAGAACUAAGAGUGUGUAUGGGACUGAUACAUCGACUCGGCGCUCUCAAAGCUAUAUACAAAGAGCAAAUGCAAAAUACACCAGAACUACCGAAGAGAGUUCUAACGGUUGAGGAGAAGGAGUCUUUGUACGAGAACUUGCCUCAGAAGCGAGUGAAGAUGGAAAUGAGGGGUGUUCGGGUUCGCAUCAUACCGUGGGGCCACGGCCUUACCGACCGGCCCGCGCCGCCCGCCGCUGUGUUAGAAGUCGAUAUGCCUAAAACCAGCGCUGUUGUCGUUGCUCCCAUGUAUCCUCAUAGGGUAUGUUCAGCAGCAAGUCAGAUGCCCGAGGACUCCGGUCCUUUGUGGCAAGGCGCCCGUCGUAACACUACCAUUACACUAAGCGCGUUGAGUGUUAAACUGACUAACGCAGAGGGAACCGUCACAAGACCCUGCGCACACGCCGACUUGAAAGUCAUCACCCGACAGCUACUCUAUAAGAAGUUCUUCGAAGACAGAGAUUCUAUUGCGCUGUCUUAUCAUGUGAGAAUGAAGGAAAUGAAGAUGUACGGGUCGUCCGCGCGGCUACAGACAGCUUAUAACGUCGUCAUGUCACUUCUGCACGAGCGACGGUCCGUGGCUAUGAAAUACACCACCUUGGCUAAGGACGCGCUUAACGAUGAAGAGUCAGUCGCUAUAGAUUUAACCCUGGAGGACUAUGCGAUGCGCGGCUACGCAACACAAAACGUGAACACUCACGUGGUUUCGCUGCAGUCGGCUAAAAUCACCGCUUUGCAUGAACCAAAGACAGGUGAAAUGAAACAAGCGUGGCUGCUGUCUGCACCUGACGCGUCGACCACCACGCCGUUCUUCCGUCUAGCAGUCCAAUGGUGCGCUAUACCUUUGGAAAACUCGUUCGACUACUGCGGAGUGUGGACAGAACCUUUUGCUAUGUCUGUCGACCCCUUGCUCUUGUCGUGGCUUGCUUAUCUGCCUACUUCGAAAUCGGAUGCAUCAACGAUCUGCGCACUGAAGGGCAUGUCAUCGAUGUCUCAAAGCUCUUUUCGACGUCGUUCAACACCACCGUCUUCGAGCGGACGCGGCGGCAGUCGAACGAAUUCUGCGCGAGGAGCUGAGCUGGUACACAUGCGCUCUCGCAGCCAGGGUUCCAGCAGCGAGCCGAGCGAAAAGAAAGAGGUCAAGAUGCCCGUCCCUAUGCAGUCGCAACCAGCCGAAACGUGGUGGACGGCUGAGAAGUUAGCGGAUGUCUACAAGCGGCUGAAGGGCUUAUUACUCAGCGUGGAGCUUGGCUUGGCGCUGGUGUACGUGACCAUGAGCACGGCGUCAGCUAUCGACUGCGCCACGCUGAGAGAUGCUAUGGACAGACAUGCCGCAGGUGCUCAUCGGGUACUGGCUAUCAGUCUUGGUCGCCUCUCGAUGUGUUCAAGUGGUGCUUCUAAACAGCUGUGGCAAGCAUUGCGACAUGAUGGUCCUACUUUCAUAAAAGGCAUUUCAGGGAUCCUCAAAGACUCGUUUCCUUGGAAGCUUGCCCUUUCGGACGUAUCAUGUCACACUCUAGAAGUAUGUGCGGCGCCUGUGAGCUCAGAAGGACACGAGAAACCGACCAAUGCCGGUCUAAAGUCGAACCUUAGAACGACUAAACUAGCGACGGCCAAAACUAUACUGGAGCUGGUUUCUACUACCGUCACAAUAUCUGUAGUGACUAAAUCUGUGCAGUAUAAGACUGUAUCCAAGAAGGAAACGAAGAAAUCCUCCGCGGUCGCUGUUGAAGAGAAGAAAACAAAGUAUUUCACCAGCGGAACGGAGUUUAAACCAUCUACUUUGAGAGAAUUUAUACGUGGUCCAGCAGGAAGAAAAAAGAAAUCAGCUGAUUCGUUACUGGCUGACCAGACGCCGGAGGACGCCGACGAUGAGGUUGUAACUAUAACUGAGGGGCCGAUAGUAUCUCUAGGCGUCCACGUACAUGCCGACACGCCGCCCAUUAUCAUCCGAUUGGAACAAGACCAGCUCCACAUAGUGGCCGCAGCUAUACACUGCUUCACCCACAUUAAUACCUUGAUGAAACGCCCGCCAGUUAAUCUCCCCAGGCCAACUACAUCUUCAAUGGGAGGUUCGCAUAAAUCUCUCAUACGUUCUGUGUCGGAUAUAGAGGAAGUACCGUCGGUUUCGGAGGAUUUGAGUGACGCUCACUCGGAACUGAUAUCGAUAUUUGACCGCGCAGCGCAAAGACAAAGACCAUUGAAAACCUUCUUCUGGUUCCAAUGGGUGGUAAGCCGCGCAACGUUAUUGGUGGCCUCGGAGACGGUGAAGUUGGCACUCGAUAUGGAUGACAUGAUCGGUACCAUCGAUAUACAGCAGGAGUACAACCAGCUCAAAAUAAAACUGGCAUCCGCAUCUAUCAAGCAUUAUAAACGGGAUGAUAACGACGAAUGGGUGGCUGGCGUGAUGAGUGGCAGAGUACUGGAGGUUAGAGAGCCCGCCAAAGCUGAAGAAGACGCACAUUUUCUUACUAUCACCGUCACACAAGCUCAGGUAUCUAACUUACCACCUGGCUGGAAAGAAGAAUUACACCCUAAAUUAUUGGAGCAGACUAAUAUGUCUGAUGAUGUCGUGUGGGAAGUGUAUGCGACGCUCGCCCCACUAGAAGCGCUGAUUCAGCCAGACAUUCUGGACAAUGUCAUGUCUCUGGUCAGGGAGAUGGCGCCACGAGCAUUCUGCCCGCUGAAGGCAGAGAUAGAGAAAAGGGACACUGUUUGGCAAUGGCCGUACUUUUAUUUGACGGCGGGAGGUAUUCGAGUGCUGAUCACAGGGGAAAAUUUGGCCAAAGAGAAAGAUGUGGAUGACACCAUCAUAUUGUCUAUAGGAUCCAUCAGUGUCAAUCCGCAUCCAGAGAAUCCUAUUUGCCGACGUACAAUAAGUGCGACCCCGGACGGUGGUUGGCAGGCAGCUGCUGGUGCUUUCGAAGGGCGUCAGUACGAAGUCGUGAUGCAAACAGUGGCGCUACACUCGACACAGUUCAAAGAAAUGACUCAAGCUGAGUCGGUAAGCGCAGAGUGUAAGGGUACGGGAAGCGAAAACCCCGCCCUGAAAUGGAGCCAGAGAAUCAAGAUGCCGAAUAUCGUGCCUAUACUACAUCCCCUGGAGGUAUGCUGCGUGCUGGCACCCGCGUUAUACGUAAGUGGCGUGCUGGCCAGCGGUCCGGCGAUCGAGUUCAACCUCGUGUCGGACUGCAGCUUCGAGUUCGGCGUCGAACAACUUGUGUUGCUCGACCAAUUCUGCAAGGAUUUCGUCAACGCGGCGCAAACUGAUUACAUCUCUGUUGGAUCAGUGCAAGCGAUAGACAAGCACGGCGUCUGCCCUUACGCGAAUCUCAUCAUGAGCGAUCUAGACUUCUUCUCGGCGAGCGAAACGACGGUCGAUGACACAGUGUUUGACCACAAGGUCCAUGCUGAGGCAGGCCGCACGUGUGACUCUGGUAUAGAGACGAUUGCUUCAUCCUCCAAAACUAAGACUACUGAUGAUGCACCACCCUUGAGGAGGUCCUUUUCCGUGGGCUUUGUUGAGAAUCCAUGCCCGUCGCAGUUUCUAGAAGUUUUCGUGACGAUGGGCGUUGUGGAAGUUUCUUUGUACAUAGCCGAUGACAACAGUCCUGAAGUGGGAGCGUUGCGCCCGCCCGUCGCGAGCCCGACGAAGCCCGCUAGCCCCGAACCUUCACAGAAUGUGCAGGAUCAGCCACUGAAACUGAUGGAGUCCGCGACCCGCGUGACGAGUCGCAGCCUCACCGAGAUGGUGCGAGAUGCAGAUGUCGGCCAGACGCUAAUAGACACGCAAACGACGAAGAUUCAUGCGCGUCGCGGCGUGGGCAACGUGCCCCUCGCACAAAUCACCAUGUAUCAGCCGAACGUCUACUACUGGAAACGGAAGACACAGAAAACACUGCAGCUAUCCCUGUUUAACGCGUGGAUAGCUCUGGCCGCGGGCGGCACCAGCAUGAUGUUGUUGUCUACGGCGAAGGGAGUACCAGACCCGGUGUCGGACAUACCGCCCGCGCUCGCCACUUUCAAAGUUGUCGCACCGGUAUCCAGUAUGCCUAACCCUACAAGUACGAGUUCCCGUGGCACCAUGCGUCUAGACAUCGAGAAACCUGUGCAGAUAGACUUAUCUAAGGAUAAGCUCACGAGAGUCAUUGGAAUAUCUGAUCUGCUGAGAGCACGCCUAUUCCACCAAGUGACCCAGGAAGCCGAAUCUCCCGCCUUGUACAAACUGAAGAACAGAUUGGUCCGCGAAGGCAUGGAGAGUAUCACAAUACAUACGAGUCAGAUCAGCGUGGUCGGGGCCGAGGGUAUAGUCGGUUGGGACAGUGCCUCCCUGCAGAUCUCGGCCAGCGCUCGCCCCGAGAAGGUGAAUGCACGAGGACUGAUUACCGCGUUGUUGGUAGCAACGGGACCGCCUGGAGAUCGUCGUCAUGUCGUCUUACAACCACUGAUUGUUGGUGUGGAGCUACAAGCACUUUGGGAGGCGUGGCGACGUGCCGAGGGAGGAAUGGCAGCCCGCGAGCCGACCGUCAAAAUUAAUAUCGAACUUGAUGACGUCACUAUCGAUCUCAGACCUAUUGAGCUCGCCACGUAUAACCGGCUACUGAAAGUGUUCCAACAAAUAGCUCAGAAUCGCUCCAAAUCGCAGGUAGGAGCGGUGAGCUCGGAAACGGUGACCAAGUCCCAUUCGCCGUCUAUUUUACCACGAAUCUCGUCGUCUUGUCCUUCGAUGCAAAACUACGGGCGUCGGCCCUCGCCUGUCUUCAUUGAUGACGAAUCAUCGGACCACUUUUACAAGGAUGACCUAAGGAGUGGUGCAUUCAAGAUUUUGAGCGGCGGUCAGUUCCCGAUGGCGUACCAAGUGAUGCUCUAUGGUAACGCGGUGUCGUGGCGCUACCCGCAUCCGCGAGCCAUUACGAGGGUGGUCGCAUUUCCUAUACCUGGACAGGACAAGGAGAUAGACUGCGUAUUGGAGUUGUACAACUCAAUGCUGGUGAGGUGGGAAGCUCAUACGUUCUUCAAACUGCCCACUGGCGAGCCGAGGGAGCUGCGGCUUUUCGUUAGACCACCAGAAACUGUGUUCGCAAUGAUGUGGCGCUUCCGUGUAUGUUCGGUGACCGAGCCGAAAGCGGCGCCCUUCGAGUUCGAUAUGAAUAAGUUCAUGCCGAGAUCUGAUCCAUUGGUAUUAGACGAGCCACAAUUCGUGGGUGACGCGCGAGUGACGGCUGGUGUAUCGGCCGAGGAACUACUGGGAGUGUUGCGAGUGGACUCGUACUUUGCGCCGCGUCUACUGCCUCGCAUCACGGUCGCGCUUAGACUCGCGCGUUUACAAGUACACGCGCACAACUCGCUGCCUGAUAUUAGCAGUCAUGAGACAUUUCUGGAGGGCUACUACGUGUCGAAGCCGCUGAUGAAAACCCAUCGCGUGCUCAGUUUCACCGUCAGCAAUACUGCUGCGUACGCGCACAUCAACUCGCCCGCUGGCACGCUACUCGUUAUGGAUACUAAUACCUCUUCCGAUAUGGUGGACUGCGCAACGGGCACGAUGGAGCCGAUCAUGCAAGAGUUCCGUGUCCAGGGAGCCAUCUCCGCUCACAACGAUAUGAUGACUGGUUCGCGAUGUCGAGUUAUGACCACUGGCAUUCACGUCGCUAUGCAUGUGUCCAGGCUACGAACAUUACAGGCUCUUUUUAAUGAUUGGAAGACUGCUUAUGAUGAGUAUGUCCUUGAACUACCGCCUCGCUACACAGAGGAGCUGCCCGACACAAGGAAGCGCAGUAGGCACGAGAUUGCCGCGGCCAUGGCGUUGGCUCUCGAAGGCCGCGUGGUGCUGUGGAUACACAACAGUUGUGCCUCCGCUAUGAGGAUAGGCCAAGAGGAUACUGAUGAAGUUGUACCGCUUGGCCCCGGCGCAAGGCUUGCUUAUAGGUGGCGCAACCCAACGGCUUCAAGGAGGCUGCGAAUCGCGCUCGCCGGCCCAACAGCUGAUUGGCAUUGGUCAGCCAGUAUACCCUUCGCAAUUGGAACCACUCGACUGAAGAUCGAGACUCCCGAGUCAGUGAACAACAAGCAAUUUGCUUCUAUGGGUGCCGUAGUUCAUGUGAAGGUCGAACAGCUGGGAGCCUGCAGAUAUAUGCACCUGUCUGGUAGACUGGUCUUAGCGAACAUGCUUCGAGCUACUCUGCUGUAUAAGGUCAAAAGUCGCCUUAUGGAAGGGCCGCAAUGGCGUACGGUGUGUUCGGGCGAGUUAGCCGCCGAGACGGUGGGCCGCAGCGUCAUCUGCAGUGCCGAUAACGACAUGGUGCUCAAGAUCAAGUUCAGAUCACACAACACAUGCUGGUCAGGCGAUAUACCGCUGAAGGAAUGCCCGAAGGAAAACGUUCCAUGGUUGGUUAAAGUGCCAACUGAAGGUGAAAGUCAGUUCGUGUCUAUAUGGUGCCGGGUGGUACGAGGUCGCGCCGACGGACGCAUCUUAGCGACACUCUGGCCACUUUACAUACUACACUCGCAUCUACCUCUCGACACUGACGUGCUUAUAGUAACAGAAGCAAUGACGACGACGAGCGAGGACUUGACGCCGGUAACACAGCAACUGCCGCCGAUGCUACAAACGACUCCAGGCCGAGGGUCUAGCACUCACCUGCAGGCGCCCGGCACUACCGCCGCUAGACAUAGCCUGUCUUUCCAAUAUAGGAACAUAGAAUGUCCGGUGACUCGCGAGGCCGUCCCCUUGCAUUACGGUGUAACUGACACUUCAGUGUUCGACAAGCGAACACCCGUCAUGAACAUCGAAGACGUCAUUACCGAUGUACUGCAAUGGUUGGAACGCUCAUCACGUAAUGCCAACUCUGCGUGGCCGUACUCUCUGGUCGCCAAGCAUUGGGGCGGCGACUGGCAGCCCGCAUCUCUGCAGCCGCGGUGUGACGUCGCCGUUCGUUACCAAGCCGUGCGAGCCGGCGGCGGCUGCAGCUUAGAGAUCCUUCUAAGUCCUAUCGUGUUACUAUGCAACGCUACGCCAAUACCGCUCACGCUCAGAGCGUAUGACGCCGCUCCGCUUUGCAAGCUCGAACCUGGAUCAGCUCUGUCUCCGCCUUCAGCUAUAAUUAAGAAACCAUUCUUCAUGUCAGUAGAAGUGGGACGCGAGACGUUCGUCAGCUGUCAGCUGCAGGUAGCUACUGAGGAGCCGGGACGCUACGGUACGCUGCCGCCGGGACAGGUCGCGCUUGACCAUCCGGCUAAUUUCUCUAUACUGUGCAAUCAGAAGGUGGCGCUCCUGACAUUGUAUUACGAAAUCAAGGAGCAAAUCAACGUGCUCGGCGUCUCAUCCACAUACUUACUUGUGAAUAGGCUCGGAACUGAAGUUUUGGUAUCAGCAAUCGCAGUACCAAGCCAUAUGGACGACAGUACCAUGUUGCGUCCUAAGACUUUCAAAGUGGUACCGCCAUCUAAAGAAGGAAGUGAAUACGGCACAUCAUUAUGUCGUUUCUGGCUCCGCGGCCGGUGGCGGGGCUGCGACCCGAUAGAGUUACGCGCCUACUUGUGUUUCGCGUUACCCGCUACAACGUUCCAGGGAAGAGAGCCCGUGCCCAUACGCUUGGGACAUCCGCCGCUGAGGCGAGCCAUGGCCCUUGUCGAUUCCAACCAAGUUUCGAUCCCGAUCGUAGUGAGUCAGAUAAGGCACGACAGCCGCUGGAUGAUAGUGAUCGCUCACGACCCGUGCCCGCAGUUCCUCGUGCACAAUCACACGAGACUCACCCUGCAGGUCGCCGAGCCUGUUCACUCGCCUGAUGAACCAUCCACUUCACGCGUAGAGCCGAUAACAGAAUGCGCAGGCACUACGUGGUGGUGCACCGUUCUUCCCAACUCUGCGGUGCAUUAUUCUACGCCGUCAUACUGUGCCCGCUAUCCGCCCGAAACGAUGCCUCCUAGCACCGUGUCCUCGCCGUACCUCACGUUCUCUAAAGGGAAAGAAUUGGACGAGGACUGGUGUCCGCCUGUCAUCGCCGUGGAUGGUGAACAACUGAUUCAGUAUUACGGCGGCAUCACGAUCAAGCUGCGCGUACGCACGCAUCCCCAUUCCACGCUCAUCGAGUUACAGGAUGUCGACCAUAACGACAUAUCGGCAAGUGACAUCAGGAAGCGUUUACUUGGCGCUUUUGAAGCGAAGCCAAAUAAGAUAGAUCCAUCAUCAUCCGCUUGCCUGGAGCGCACCGGUGCAGAUUGUAAGCUGUUAAGCGACAGCCCCGCCCGGUCAUCGAGCACCCAUCUAGACACGACCCGAGACGCGGCCAAAGAAGGGACAUCAAGUCCGAAACAAGAUUCGGACAGCGUGUCUGAGGACGAAAAUCUUACCUUCAAGUUUGCUCAGUCCGUCGAAAAGAUGAUCAAGAGGAGUGGUGAAACUGUCACCAUGUUUGUGGAUCCUUCGAAAGCUUUAGAUUACAGCUCCGCGAAUAUGUACGCUGCCGAAUGUCACAGUCAAAUGAUUCAUGCCACUAGUGAAGUCUUCUCGUCGCAUACUUCUGUGCUUGGAGAAAUGGACGACCUGUGGGCGGAAUGCGAGCGUUUCCGUUGCGUCAUCGCCGGUAUAGCGGUGGAGGUGUCGUCCGCUUGUGAUAUCAAGCCGCUGUUGGCGUUGCACCUCGACCGCACUGUACUGCUGGUGCAGGGAGAUAGCAAGAAAACAAAAACGAUCCUAUCAAUAGCAGACGCUCAGAUCGACAACCUACAAUACGACACCGGACAGUAUGACUUCGCGGUGGUCGCGAGCACUCGAGCGGAGCCUCUGGCCGCCGACCGGUGGCCGCCGCUGUGGAACAUGUUCGCCGAGAGGAAUAUAUUCUCCACCAGAGCUGCCUCCGCUCGACUGCUCUUCAAACUGCAGCAUGAUAAGUGGGAGGUCGUCUCGCAGACGUAUAGUGAACUGACGGAGGUGGAAAUAAGCAUCGGCACGCUGGCUUUAUACAUAGAAGAUGCGUACGUGAAGGCAUUAGUUGACAUGUCACACAUGUUACUGCCCGCUUCUACUAGCAGUGAAUCGAGCUCGCAGAACGAGGAGCGAUCGAUACGGAAGCCGCUGCGACUGAGAUUGUUGCACGUCCAUCCCUUAGAUCUGACCUUGACGCUGCAUACUGCCGUGCGAAUGUACAUAGCAUUGGACCAGAGCCCGCUGCGACUGAGCGCGUUCAAGCUACACGACAUGAUGACGUCAGCCGAACGUCUCACGCAUGCGCUCACUGUACACUACUUGUCUGCCGCCAUAUUGGGAGCAGGUUGGGUAGUCGGCGGACUAGAACUUCUAGGCGCACCUGGAGCGCUAGCUGCUCGAUUGGGCGGGGCCACUGGUGGCGUGAGGGGCGUGGCCUCCGCCGCAGCAGCCGCUCUCCUCCGGUCCCUGAGCGCGUGGGCGGGGUCACUGGCCAGGAACCUGGAUCUAUUGGCUGGUGAUGAGGAGCAUGCAAGACGGGCUGCGGCGGCAAGAAGGCGGCCCCCUCCUAGCUUUGUCGCUGGCCUCAUGGCAGGCAUCACCAACUUCGCUAUCAAUAUACUAGGUGCGGUCGGAGGUCUAGCACAUCACCCACUAGUGGGCGUGGCAGUGGGCGAGACCGAGAGCGGGGCGGCAGCAUUGCGCCGCGGGCUGCUGGGCGCGCUGACUAAGCCGCUCAGUGCCACCGCCGACUUGGUGGCGUAUGCCGGCUCCGGCCUGCUGAGGCAGACGGGAUGGGACCCCGUGCCAGAGCCCCGUCACUCCUGGCCGGCCAUAGAGCCGCGUACUCAAGCGGGCUGGCAACGCGACUGUGUGCGGUGGAUGUUCCGACUGUGCGAGCUCACGGCAUUCACCGGCUUCGAAGUCCUGCUCGAUAAGGCACCGCUGCAACUGCUCAUCACGCAUAAGUUUUUGGUGGUAGCUGAUCCCGAGUCGGAGCGCGUUGUAGAGACCAUAGACUUUCGAUUUUGUUCACUUGGACCUUAUAAAGGAGAGAUCAUUGAGUUAUGUGUGCUGCAGAAGAGACACACAAAGACAUCAGAUUCAAAACCAAAUGAUGAUGAUGAAGAUUUUCAGAUUAGCGCCGCAGCCAUGGCCCGCGUGGCUCGCUACACGGGGUCGGAAGGGGCGCAGGCCGAAGUACGCGUCCUCACGCUGCUGCCGCCUCCGGGCCGCUCGUACGCGCUCCACGCCGCUCUCGCUGCAGCCCUGCACCACAAUGCCGACACGCACUUCCCCAUGCUAUGACGUCACACGCUGUACCAAACUUCACCGUCCUAUAAUGUCACACGAGGUACCAUCCUUCCCCAUGCUAAGACGUCACACACGUACUAUACUACCCCAAGCUAUGACGUCACACGCUGUACCAAACUUCACCGUGCUAUGACGUCACACGAGGUUCCAUCCUACCCUUUGCUAUGACGUCACACGCGGUACCAUCCUACGACUUGCUAUAAAUAACGUCACACGCGGUACCAUCCUACCCCUUGUUAUAACGUCACACGUGGUACAGUAGCCGGCAUAUAACUUGGCAGGGAUUAGGCUCCUUUAAUAAGUGUGAGUAUGCACAUAGCGCACUAAAUGAUACAAAAAAGUGGUCUCUGUUAUCGAUUGUGCAUUAUUUUUAGUCAAGCCAAAAAUAAAAUUUAUCAGUUGAGUAUUUUUUUUUGUGUUAGUCAAUAUGUACUGUGUUUUUAGUGAAAGAACACUAAAUACGUUUUUAUUGAAAAUUCAAAAUAUGUUGUUAGAAUUUGCGUUUGAUACACACGGAUGGAUUUUUGGAUUUUCACAAUUGAUGGAUCGCUAUAGGCCUCUAGAGUGCAAGUCUGUUUUCACCAUCGAUAAUGUACUACGUAUUAGAUAUAGAUAGUUUUGUCAAACUCCAUUGUACUUUGCACUUGACACCAGCCGCCAGAUUGGAUGACAUCAUGAACAAUUCUUUAGUAAUCUAAUUUGUUUAUGUAAUGUUAGAUGCUAUUCAAGCUAUAGAAUAGCUAAUAAUUUCGUUAAAAUUCACUAUUAAAAAUUAUUGCAUGACUUGUCAUCUUACAAUCAUGUCAACAGAUAACGUAUGCAGACAAAUUAUUUGUAUGGAUGUUCUUGUCUAUCGUUAGAAUAAUAUGUCAAUGUUUGUCACGCAUUGCCGGUCUAUCCAUCUGUAGUGAUCCUAAAUCUAUGCACGGUAAACAAUCGAUAAAGGAAACAAGAACCAUCUCAAUGUACAAAGCGAAUUGGUGGCGCCACUGUAGCGUGUGGGCCAAUCAAUUUGGGCCACUCAGUUAUGUUAUUUUGUUGAAUAUGUUUUACCUAAAUAUUUUAUAACUGAAGAAUAUACUAUGAAUUUCACAUCCUUCGCCUAAUCAAACUGCAAAUAUUUUUUAUGCCAUACCUAUUUUGUUGUUUUUUGAGUUUUAGUUCAAUGUUUAUUAUGAUUGUUCUCUUUGCCUUUAUCGUACGUGAACAGUUCAACAAACAAACAACCAAUUUGAGAUUUUUAUGACAGUAAAACGUGAUUAUCAUUUUAAAUAACGAAAAGACAAAAGAAGAUAUUAUAAACAAAACAAGAAGAUAUUAAAAUGGUAAUAAAAAUCAUGGCCCAUCGGUCACGCGAAUGACAAUAUCUUAUUUUAUAAGCGAAUAAAAAUCCAAUAUUUAUUUGCAAUAGCUUUGUGCAUCGUUUGCAUGUCUUCACGUGAUUUAUAUAAUUACUAUUAUCUAUGACGUCAUUUGUCGGUGUCCGAAUGGCGUACUGGAAAAAAUACUAUGCUACUGAACGUGUUUUGUUAGCUCAUAAAAUCUUUAUUCGAUUUCAAAAAGGAAUUCCAUUACACGGUUGUGUCAAUUUGUAUUUUAUAUCUACAUAGUUAACGUAUCAUUUAAGUUUACAGCAGUUACAUUCAUAACCAGGAGAUGGCGAGGUAUAGAUCAUUAUGCCCUAAAUAUAUAGAUCCAUUUCGAUGUCAUUGAGUGACAGCAUAUCACGUAUAAGUGAAAUCAGAUUUUUGGGGCAGCUGUCAAUCCUUAGCAAUAGAUAACAGUUGUUAACGUUUGUUCGUAAUGUAUUUCCAUUAUAUUUAUUUAUAUUAUUUAAGGCGUAUGAGGGCAUCUAAAGUUCUUCACAUCCUAUGUAAGGCAGGAUGAGACAAUUCUAUUGUAUUAAAUAUUAUAAUUAUAAAUACUGUGUUAGUCGCUGCUAGCUGUGUAUUAUUAUUUAUGAGUUACUACUUAUAUUAAAAUAAUAAAAAAAUCAAGAUAACAAGUUAAACACCUCGGUAUGUCAAUAAAUAUUUAGUUAGGGUAUUUAAUAUUAUUACUCAUGUAUAUAUGUAGGUAUAUGUUUCCAUGCACUACAGACACAGUCUCGGAGCUUGAGGAAUAGUUGGAGGCUAAUGCCCCUUGAAAUGAACAAUCCCCGCUUUGAGAUGGUAAUAGAUUGGAAAAUGGACAGUACCAAUUUAAAAUAUUCAUUGAUAAAAUAAUUAUAAUUCACAUUGAUUUAUAUAAAAAAUUCAAUGAUCACAAGAAAAUCUCUCACUUUCUGUCUUUACACGUUUGCUUGUUAAUUACUACAGUAUUAAGUAAAACAUCAGUCUACCCGUUGUCCUGUUUUAGUUACACUUACAAAUGUCAAUUAAUUAUUCGAUGUAUAUUUAGGUAUUUUAAUUAAGAUAAGAUAUAACAUUUUGUAUUGAAAUUAAUCGUACAUUACAAGGUCAAACUUAAAUGUCUUCCAUGCAUAUUGAGCACUUCAUAAUACCUACUUUAGUUACCAAUAUCUUGUCUUCCUGUUCUGUAAAAAAAUACCUCAACACCCUUGCUCCCAUCGUCUUCGAAGAAAAUUUUAAAUUUUCUCAUUUCUUUACUACUUCUUAUCAUUACAUACAUUAACAGUGGGACACCACUGUCAUAUUGCAGUCCUCUUCCAAUUAAUUUGUAUUCAAAAUAAACAUCCAAAUAGCGCGUAUGUCAAACGGAAGCGAUAUUUAUUGCUGUGUCUAAUGUAGUGCACACAACAUACAGGUCAACGUGUAACGACGGCAAACAUAGAGAGAUUUUAUCACAAAUCAGAUUAUACUGGGAAUUUCCCAAAAAGUAAUCAUUUAUUAUGACAUUUCACACUGGUGUGCCUUACUGUUAAAAAUAAACGCACAUUUGACUUAUGUCAAUGAUACCAAGUUCCUUUUUUGCACGGUGAUAAACAUCAACGAUAUUAUUCAAUGCAAGUCUAGUGAGAAUUGCCAAACUCAACAAAAAUUAUACAAUGAUUCGUCUUCGCUGCUAUUUAAUUUAGCAGCGCUUUAAUUACGGUUAUCAUAUAAAAUAAAGCUAUACAGCUUUAUUGCAAUAUUAAUUCUCUCAAAGGGACUUAAACAAGUGAAAGCAUUGAAAGUGAGAACUAUCAAAUUAAUUAUUACAACGAAAGUAGCACUAAAGUUAGAGAAGAAAAUAAGUAAUGAAGUCGGAAGCUGCAUUUUAGCAGCAUGUGUUGUAUCAAUACGAAAAAUAUUACGGUAAUAAUCUAUAUGUAAAUACAACCACGUCCCAUGACUGUAUAAUUGCACUAAUCCCUAGUGUAGGUUAAACACUGAAUGCGAACUUACGCUGAAGAUUAAUCAAUUACAAGAAGGUAGAUUUGAUAACUAGAGAUGUGACAGAAGGCUCAAAAAGUCAUGUAAAAUAUAAUCUUAAUCUACCGAUAAAUGGUUUAUUACUUUGGAGCGCAAGAAACUCUUGAUGUGGAAGAUUUGGCAUCAUAUCUAAGGUAUGAUGAAGCAUUGAGUCUUUAAUAAAUGCUACCAUACUUAAGUAGCUAACUAACUUCUCCCCAUACCUGGGUAAAAUAUAGCCUAUGUCACCCGGAGAUAACGUAGCUUCCAAACAGUGGAAUAAGAAAUUGGUUUAUAAGUUUCGAAACCUACGCAAUGCAACGAAGCAAACAAACCAAUGUUUCCUUUGUAUAAUAUUAUAAUAGAUAUAUACUGCUGCCAGACUAGUGAGAAAUCAACUAACGCACAAGAUACACAUAGAACAUGCAUCAGAGGAUAAUUACGUUCCCAUUUGUAUAUCGUCAGAUGCACCAUAAUUUUACCUGUAAUAUCUACAUAUAAAUAUUCAAUAGUAUAUAGUAUAACCACACAUAGAAAUAAACACGUACGUUACUGUAAAAAACUCAAGUUAUGGUAAUCUUCAGUCAACAAUUAAAAUAUCUAAACAUUCCAACAACGACAUGGUACAAUACUGAUAUAUAAUGAGGAAAAAGUAUUACGAGGUUUUACUUGCUGUUGGGUUUUUUGCAGGUGUUUUGAGAAUCCAAAUAAGUAUUUAAUUCGAACCAAAGACUUUUCGUUAUCAUUCGCAGUAAAUAUUGCCUAGUUUUAUACUAUGCCUUUGUUGAUUCUUUUGUGACUACCUAUAUAACCAAUUAGAUGUAGAGAAAGUACUGAGAUUUACUAAAUUUUGAGCAUUUACAGUAACCGCUGAUGGUAUUAUACAGGAAUGAAUUUUAUCCAGUGCGCAAACUUUGUCAACUUAUAGAUAAAUAAGUUUUAUAGGUACGUAUAAUUUUAUUUUGUAGUAUUUU